GAGCCCUUCACCUCCGAGCUGAACUUGUUGCAACCUCGAACCCGCGCAAACCCAGGUGCCAUGGACAAUGUCCACCGCCCCCAAUCCUCCUGAAGGCUCCAGAGACGCUCGCGAUGAGCCUGGCCGACAACAGCAGCCUCCUCGUGGCAGCAUCUUCGCUGUUCCUGCACCGAUAAAACGGCUCUUCGACAAAUUCCCGCUCCGCACAUAUCCUGCAAACGAGCUUCCAUUGCGCGCCCCGAGACACCGCGAUGAAAAUGUGCUCUACGUCUUUACGACAGAUGAAGGGGUGCGGAAUGGCGCGCCGAGCUUCAAUCCUAGUUGCUUGAAGUGGCAGACAUAUCUCAAAUUCAGCGGCAUACAAUUCCGCACAGAGGCGUCGAGCAAUCAUGCUUCCCCCAGCGGUGCGCUGCCUUUUCUGCUACCCGCCGUGACAACGGGCGACACGACGAAGGCUGUCCCGCGGGUGCCUUCGGCAAAACUGCAGCGAUGGUGUAUGAGCAACAGUCCUUCUUCUAUUGAAGAACCCGGCGAUCUACGAUAUGAAGCCUAUCUUUCAUUGCUGGACCACCGGAUACGACGCGCUUGGCUCUACACAGUAUACCUCUCACCGCACAACUUCCCGUCCCUUGCCGAACCCCUCUACAUACUCCCUACAUCGAGCUCCGCCUUCGUCCGCCUCACCACCGCACACACCCUCCGCCGCGCCGCAGAAGCCGAACUGCUGAAAUUCUCAGCCGUCAUCAACGUCGAGAGGUUGUACAAGGACGCAGACGAGGCCUUUGAUGCGCUGGAAAUGCUCCUAGGGCAGAAUACGUGGUUCUUUGGUGCGGAGCGGCCGGGUCUCUUCGAUGCUAGCGUUUUUGCUUAUUCGCAUUUGCUUUUGGAUGAGGGGUUGGGGAAGGGGUGGGUAGAUACCAGAUUGAGGGAUAUGGUAAUUCGAAGGACUGGAUUGGUCAUGCAUAGGGAGAGGAUCUUGAGGGAGUAUUUUCAGGCCUCUCCGUCAUCCUACGAAUUAAGCGGAGAACAAGACGCUUGACUGUAAAAUAUAUGUAUAUCUAUUUAUGAUCAAGAGAACGAAUACGAAGACUGUCAC